UAUACCUGGUACUGAGGAUGCCUUCCCAAUGCAUACAAGAUCCAGGACACGCUGGUGGCGGUGGUAUCGUGUCCAGCGAACAUGAAUGUAUUCACCUCGUCACGAAUAUCGUCAUCGUUCAGGGAGGCAAUGAAAAUGUGUGAUCCUCCGUUGUUCAAAACACGUUUCGCACGUAAAACGGGAAACAUGAAUUGAAAAUUUGACAAAUAAACAGACAAAAAUUUCAUUUAUGAAUGUUAUGCAAAAUUUUUUAAGUGACGUACACAUGUGUUAGUAAGAGGAGAUGGCCACGUUGCUCACCACCCGCUACUGGGGGUCGGACGAAUCGUUUAGUUGCUUUAGCAAUGCGUUCACGAACAAACUGACAAAACCAGAAAAAAAUCCGAACAGUGAGAACUCACUUCCGGUGUCCGAUCAGCAGUCUGAAAACAUUUCCCCGAAACAGCCGACGAAGCGAAAAGCAACGAACGUUUCUUCAAAAUUGAAGGCGAUUGAAGCUUACAAUGAUAUUUUCUUGGAACCUAGCCACGUAAAAGCAUCAGCUCUAUUGUAUGAAAUAACCGAUCGUACUAACCAAUUAGCCCAACCACGCAUUCGAAAUACUGAAGAAAAGCUUCAAACGCGGCCGAAUCCAUCGCAGAUUUCGAAAGCAUCGCCGCGUAUUAUUGAACUUUCAAAGCCACGGGUCCCUUAUCAGUACCCUCAUAAACAAAUUGGAUACGUUGCGCCCAGUGCUCUCAUGGCAGUCGCCACUCAGCGUAUAAUUGAAUUAUCGAAACCCAAAAAGAGGCGGAAGUUGAAGAUGCCAAGCAAAAGAAAAUCGAAGUUGCAUAAAGAAAAGUCACGAAGUUACGUGAAACGCGGUAAAAAGAAGUCGGAUCACAAAUGCAGCUCGCUCCUUCGUGAUCGGAAAGUAAGAAGUAAGAAGAAGCAAUUAAGAACAUCGGACUCCGACAGGACUAUCAUUGUGGUCGGUUUGAAAAUGAAGGACGAGAGGAAAGCUCGUCGACAUUCUUAAUGAAAGGGGAGCACGAAAACCCUGUUGUUUAUCUAACAAUCUUUCGCGGUUUUGUAACGUAGCGUUUCUAAUUGUCUGUAAUGAACAUUUCAUGUACGUGACAUUUCAAUAUACCCAUUCUAGGAACGAAUCUCCAUAAAUUAGAAUAAUUAUUAGAAUUAUGAAGAAAUUACUGAAGCAGACAGCCGCUCGCGGUUGCAUCACAACAAUAUACAUAUGUACAGUUGAUUUGCGUUUUCUUUUUUUUUUCUCGCUUCUUUUUUCACAUGAAAAUAUCGCGCGAGAUGUAUCGCGAGACGUGUGCGUGAUUAAACAUUUGAAAUUGAAGGAA